UCCUUUUCCUCUUCUCCUCCAUUUCCAAAAGACCAUAGCAACCCAGUACGGGCGAGACAAAAGAUUCCCAAGAAUCGAGCAUCAUUUCCAUUUUUAAUUUAGAAGACUUUUUAAAAGAAUGGCCAACCCUAGAGUUUUUUUCGACAUCAGUGCAGGUGGAAGCCUGCUCGGAAGAGUGGUCAUGGAGUUGAGAGCUGAUGUCGUUCCCAGGACAGCAGAGAACUUCAGGCAGUUGUGCACAGGGCAGCCUGGCUUCGGGUACAAAGGCUCCACCUUCCACCGUGUCAUCCCUAACUUCAUGUGUCAGGGUGGCGACUUCACAAACCACAACGGAACCGGUGGCAAGUCCAUCUACGGACACAAAUUCGAGGACGAGAACUUCUCUCUGAAGCACACAGGGCCCGGGUGCCUGUCCAUGGCCAACGCCGGACCCAACACCAACGGCUCGCAGUUCUUCAUCUGCACAGCAAACACCAGCUGGCUGGACGGGAAGCAUGUGGUCUUCGGUCAGGUCGUGGACGGCAUGGACGUCAUCAAGAAAGUAGAGAGCUACGGCAGCAACAGCGGCAAGACUAGCACCGAGAUCGCCAUCGCCGACUGCGGCCAGAUCUAGACGCUUCCUGUUUCCCUCCCCCCACCCCCCCGGCCCACCCUGACCUCUUAGUCAGUCCCCUUGAAACACUGCUCAGAUCAACAUUCCUGUUUUGCUUUGACGCCCGCUUGUCCACAUCCCUAACACUGUCUGACGAGUUGCCUUCUUUUUUGUUUUUUUGGGAUCAGUUCUCCAUUUCAUUUACAAAUAGAAGCCAACGGGCUCAGAGAUUUGUGUAUCGGAAUCUGACAAAUAAAAAAGGGGAAUAACGAGAAA